GGGGAGACGGGAGGGGAGGGCGGCGGCGCGGCAGAAGAGCCCGAGGAGGAGGCGGACGCCAGCCUUGCCGUGCCUUCCCCUCCCCGCGCCGUGGGCAAUGCGACUCCUCGUUCUGGCGGUGCUCCUCCUGGUUGCGACGCCCUCGCCAGAGGUCUGUGAAGCUUUGAACGUGACUGUCUCUCCAGGGCCCAAAGCUCAAUAUGUCGUUGGAGACAAUGCUACACUAUUUUGCCAUGUUUCUCAAAAAAGGCGGAAAGAAAAUCUGCUAGCUGUCCGGUGGGUCUUUGCUUUUCCACCUGCUGAGGAGCAUCUGAUGAUCAAGAUGACUAAAUAUGGAGCCGUCCAGUACUAUGGAAAUUAUACCCGCAAUGUCUAUAGAAAAAGGCUUCGUCUUUUAGAAGAGAGAUACAGAACAUUAUACACACUUUUUAUUCUAGAUCUCCAAAAAGCUGACCAGGGGCACUAUAUUUGCAAAGUCCAAGAAAUUGGCAAGCAUAGGAACAAGUGGACAGCAUGGUCUAAUGGUAGUGCAUCCACCGAAAUCCAAGUGAUUUCAUCCCAAGUUUCAGACGACUCCACUCUUGAGAAAAAUCACAAGGCCUGGAGGUUUUUUGAAGACCUGUAUGUCAUUGCUGUGUUCGUGUGCUCCAUAGGCAUUGUUAGCCUUCUGCUGUUUUCAGUUGUCAUCCUCUGCCAGACCAUGAUCAACAGGAAACGGUCACAUGUGAAACAUUACUUGGUGGAGUGUUCUCAGAACAGCUUAGGGGAAACAGUCACCAGUGUGACAAGCUUGUCUCCAGUACAGCCUGUAAAAAUCAAAAGGAAGAAGAAGGUUGAACAACCUCCUGCUAUUCCGGCCAAAGCACCAGUAUCUAGUGCUUUCUCUAAGCCGAAGCUUCUGAAACCGCAGAGGAAAAUCCUGCUGCCUAGAAUUGCUGAGGAGAAUUUAACCUACGCAGAACUGGAACUCAUCAAACCUCACCAGGAAGCAAAAGGCAUUCCUACUAUGACCGUUUAUGCUCAGAUUCUUUUUGAGGAAAACAAGAUGUAACGGCAUAGUCAAGCUGGAUUUAAUUCUUCCUGUGCUGUUUAUUUAUAAAACUUUAUUCAAAUGUGCUUUUUUUUUAAAAAAAUUACAUGCUCUUUCCAAUCUUGUAGACUUUGAAAUGGUACUUCAAGGGAAUGUUUGUGGGGCCUAGCAAUAUAUACAUUUUACCUUGCAGGUGAUUUUUUGUUCUUUCACUUCACCCACUCUUCUUUUUUUAAAAAAAGUGAUUUUGAUUAUUAAUGUAUUUUUGAUCACCUGUUACAGAAGCAUCUCUCUUUUCUUUCUGUGUGUGUGUGUGGGGGGGAACAGCUUCAGCUGAGCCAAAAUGCUGGAUCAGAAGCUCAUUUUUAUGUUUUCAAGAUGAGGGAAGACGUAAGAACUUCCCAAGCGCACCCGUUUUGCUAAUCCUUGCCUCUUGGAGUUCUGAAAAUGGCCUUCUAUGAGGCCUUUUCUGCAUCACAACUCCCAGCAUUCCCCUGUGAGUGGCCAUGUUUACAGGAAGAGUCUAGGAAUGGUAGACCCAAACCGUCAGCUCUUUGAGCUCCAGCCCAUGUAAUAGAACAUAACCACUAAGCAAUUGCAAAAUGGCAGACAUUUACAUGGACAAGUAAGUAUGCAGUGUUAAAGGUUUCACCCCUGGUGAUUGCAUACCAGAGGCCAGAGCAAGAAGAGAAGAGGGAAGCUGGUGAUGUAAAACAUAGUAGGCAAGAAACAACUACCCUUCCUUCCUUCAAGGUGUGAAUGGUUUUUAGACUGAGCCAGAGGAAAUAGGGAACCAACCCCCUCGGAUCAUUGUGUGCUUUGGAAGAUUCCUUACCAUCCCUCGCUUUUCAUUCUUUGCUGACUGGACUUCCAGUGUGCUUGGCUCCAUGGACCAUGGCUAAACAUGUCUUCUUAUCAUGAAUGGCCGAAGAAGACCAUGCUUCUUAGAGUUUCAUAUGUUUUUUAAGUUUUUGCUUUAUUCUCUUACAGUUUCUUGUGUUUCAUACAAUUGCCUUUUUGUUUGAGGCAGCCAACUCUGUACCUUCAUGAUAGCUACCUGUACGUGUAUAUUCCAUUUUGCCACUGUUUCUAACAGGUAGCUGCUUAUUAUUUUUCCUAUGAAUUUUCACUGUCCUUUUACCUCUGUACUACACAAUGGAGCUGAGAGAUUGGUCAGUUCCUGCACAGCUUGGAUGAGAUGCGUUCCCCCCCCAUGGCUGUCAUUAGUUAUUUGUGUUUUUUGUAUAAUGAUAGCUUUUGCAUGCAAUUUGUAUCCUAUAAACUACAAGCCAAUUUAACUGUUGUAGUAUCACCGAGACAUAGUUUAGAUCGGUGCGUGCUUGUCCUGUAUGGCAGCCAUUGGCUGAAGUAAUGGCGCCCACAAGCUUCUUCCUGAAUUCUCAGAUUUAUCUGUCCACCCCACUCACUUGCCAUCUGUUUAUGGUUAGAAGAAAUGUAUUAAAGCACAGGAAAAUGUGUUUUCUAGAACUGUGAGGAAGGUUUACCCAUUUGCCCCAGACUGACGGAUUUGAAAGAAUCUGCUUCCUCUCUUCCCCUGCUCUCUGUGCUUUAUUUAAAUGUUAUUUAAAUGUUAUUUAGUUGGCAUCCAGCCUGGAGAGCAGCUCAUGAUCCCUGGAGAGCUGCUGUUCACACAGCACAAGCCCUCUGAGCAGAAUUUGGAAGGGCAAAGUUUUUAGGAGCAUCAUCUUAGAGAUGACUUGUCUUGUUGGAUCCAAGCAUGCACUUCUUUGGGUUCUCAGCGGCUGCAUCAUUGACUAUUCUUUUCCGUUCUUUCCUGCUAUUCAGCCACGCUUUCAAUGAAGGGGCAUGGAAGAGACAAGAUUGUGAUAGCAUAGCCCAACCUCCUGUACCAUCUGUGAUUUGUGUGUGUUUGUCGCCUGCCUACAUAGGUCCUUCCACACUUUCGCAAGUGCAGCAUACUAUAAAAACAAAACAAAAUAUGCAUUGCAUUGCAUUACAAGAGAUGAAGCCCCACCAUUAAAAUGUGCUUGCCCUUCUUGCAGCCACAUUCCUUAGGAUGGUUCUACUUUGUCAAGUUAGGCUCCCCAGCCAAUUGUGAAAAAGUGGUGAUUCUGCUUGAUCUUUUUUCCCCCCCAGUGCAUACAGGAUAGUUUGGGAUCCUUUGCGAUUAGAGAAGGAGUUCAGUGAGGCAGAUAAGGAAGAGGACACAUGAGAAGAGAGAAAAGACUAAGAUGGAAGUCAGAGAUCUUUCACUUUUUAUCUCGAUAUAGCUGCAGAGAAGGAUCUCUUCCAGGCCACCCUUCUUCUUGACUGCUUAUCUCCACCAACAACCUGGAAAAUUAAACUAAAAUCAUCUCCAGCCCAUACCAGCCGGCUGAAGACUUGCUGCUGAUGACAGCUUUUCACAUCUUCCUUGCUAUACACGGGAAAUGUGACAGUAGUGUGCUUUCCUUGUGUCUCUGGAAGGGGAGAUCUGUGGGCAAAAAUAAAAAUAUCCUGCUCAGAAACCACUGUUACUGGAGCAUUGUAAUUAUCCAUGUUUUCAAAGAUUGUUGGAAAUGUGUGGUUGUUUUUGUUUUCUUUUUCAAAAUAAGAAAUUGGUGAAAGCAGAUGGUCGCAGGGAUCCAGCUCAGAGGGUGGAUGUGAAGUUCAAGCCAUGCUUAUGCCAACCGACUUCUCAGCAACUCACCUACUCCUCUCCUAAGUCAUGAGUCUCUUUGCCUUCUUUGUUGUUUGUAGAGCCCUGUUUACCACAGGCCAGUCUCACCCUUGGUUGGUUUUGCUCCACAGAUAGUUUCACUGCAAAGAUGAGACAGGUUGUUGUGCGGUGAUUGUGCUGGUACACACUGCUGUCAUAACUGAAUACGUGUUGAUUCAGCAAGGCUUGAUGUUGAAAGUGGAUGUUAUUGUCUUAGAAGCAUGAGAGCAGAUCCUGUAAUAGCAUCACCAGUGAAUGCAUGUUUCCUCUUGCAGAAAUAAGCUGAAGAGUACUGAUGUUAAAGUUUUCAUUCUGUAUGUGUUGUGUCUCAUUUAAUGUAGCUCCUCAUCUCAUUUGAGCUAAAUAAAUGGUACAGAAGUCUA